CGGCUGCUUCCCGCCCCAAACCUCAGGCUGACACCCAGGAAGUGGAAGCGGGUACUGGCUGCUCGAUCCACGCCACCGGGGGCACGGGUGCCUAGGGAUUUAGAGUUCCGUGUAGUAGCAGCUAACCCCGGGCUCUCAGAACUGCUUGCCUCCGGGAUCCUCGCCUACACGAGCAGCCUAGUUCAGUUCUGGGGUACAGAGAUCUUGCCAAGACAACCCGGACCUCCUCUGGGCGCCAGCUCUUCGGCUCCAACCCGUCCAGAAUCAAGCGGGAUUUUUUUUUUCUUUCCCUCUAGAAAUUGGCUUUGGUGUAUCGCCCGCCCUCUCCCCUCCUCCUCGCAACUCCUCCCCCCUCUCUCUUUUUUUCCUCCUUCUUCUUCUUCCUGAGACAUGGCCCGGGCAGUGGCUCCUGGAAGAGGAACAAGUGUGGGAAAAGGGAGAGGAAAUCGGAGCUAAAUGACAGGAUGCAGGCGACUUGAGACACAAAAAGAGACGCGCUUCUCGCGAAUUCAGGCAUUGCCUCGCCUCUAGCCUUCCCCGCCAAGACCGGCUGAGGAUUUUAUGGUUCUUAGGAGGACUUAAGAGCGUUUCGGAUUGUUAAGAUUCUCAUUUGCUGGGUUUUCGUCCGCGCAAUCGUGUUCUCCCGCGGCUGCCUGGGGACUGGCUCGGCGAAGGAGGAUGGAGAGGGGGCUGCCGUUGCUGUGCGCCACGCUCACCCUUGCCCUCGCCCUGGCGGGCGCUUUCCGCAGCGACAAAUGUGGCGGGACCAUAAAAAUUGAAAACCCAGGGUACCUUACAUCUCCCGGUUACCCUCAUUCUUACCAUCCAAGUGAGAAGUGUGAAUGGCUAAUCCAAGCCCCGGAGCCCUACCAGAGAAUCAUGAUCAACUUCAACCCACAUUUCGAUUUGGAGGACAGAGACUGCAAGUAUGACUAUGUGGAAGUGAUCGAUGGGGAGAAUGAAGGUGGCCGCCUGUGGGGGAAGUUCUGUGGGAAGAUUGCACCUUCUCCUGUGGUAUCUUCAGGGCCCUUUCUCUUCAUCAAAUUUGUCUCUGACUAUGAGACGCAUGGAGCAGGGUUUUCCAUCCGCUAUGAAAUCUUCAAGAGAGGGCCCGAAUGCUCUCAGAACUAUACAGCGCCUACUGGAGUAAUAAAGUCCCCUGGGUUCCCUGAAAAAUACCCCAACAGCUUGGAGUGCACCUACAUCAUCUUUGCACCUAAGAUGUCUGAGAUAAUCCUGGAGUUUGAAAGUUUUGACCUAGAGCAAGACUCAAAUCCUCCUGGAGGAAUGUUCUGUCGCUACGACCGGCUGGAGAUCUGGGAUGGAUUCCCUGAAGUUGGCCCUCACAUUGGGCGUUACUGUGGGCAGAAAACUCCUGGCCGGAUUCGCUCCUCUUCAGGCAUUCUAUCCAUGGUCUUUUAUACUGACAGCGCAAUAGCAAAAGAAGGUUUCUCAGCCAACUACAGUGUGCUGCAGAGCAGCAUCUCUGAAGAUUUCAAGUGUAUGGAGGCUCUGGGCAUGGAAUCUGGAGAGAUCCAUUCUGAUCAGAUCACUGCAUCUUCACAGUAUGGCACCAACUGGUCUGUAGAGCGCUCCCGCCUUAACUACCCUGAAAAUGGGUGGACUCCAGGAGAAGACUCCUACAAGGAGUGGAUCCAGGUGGACUUGGGCCUCCUUCGAUUUGUUACUGCUGUAGGGACACAGGGUGCCAUUUCCAAGGAAACCAAGAAGAAAUAUUAUGUCAAGACUUACAGAGUAGACAUCAGCUCCAAUGGAGAGGACUGGAUCACCCUGAAAGAGGGAAAUAAAGCCAUUAUCUUUCAGGGAAACACCAACCCCACAGAUGUUGUCUUUGGAGUUUUCCCCAAACCACUGAUAACUCGAUUUGUCCGAAUCAAACCUGCAUCCUGGGAAACUGGUAUAUCUAUGAGAUUUGAAGUUUAUGGCUGCAAGAUAACAGAUUACCCUUGCUCUGGAAUGUUGGGCAUGGUGUCUGGACUUAUUUCAGACUCCCAGAUUACAGCAUCCAACCAAGGAGACAGGAAUUGGAUGCCAGAAAACAUUCGCCUGGUGACCAGCCGCACUGGGUGGGCACUGCCACCCUCACCCCACCCAUACAGCAAUGAAUGGCUCCAAGUGGACCUGGGAGAUGAAAAGAUAGUAAGAGGUGUCAUCAUUCAGGGUGGGAAGCACCGAGAAAACAAGGUGUUCAUGAGGAAGUUCAAGAUCGCCUACAGUAACAAUGGCUCUGACUGGAAAACGGUCAUGGAUGACAGCAAGCGCAAGGCUAAGUCUUUCGAAGGCAACAACAACUAUGACACACCUGAGCUACGGACGUUUUCACCUCUCUCCACAAGAUUCAUCAGGAUAUACCCUGAGAGAGCCACACACAGUGGGCUUGGGCUGAGGAUGGAGCUACUGGGCUGUGAAAUAGAAGGAGGCACCACUGUCUUGGCCACAGAGAAGCCAACCAUUAUAGACAGCACCAUCCAAUCAGAGUUCCCGACAUAUGGUUUUAACUGCGAGUUUGGCUGGGGCUCUCACAAAACAUUCUGCCACUGGGAACAUGACAACCAGGCACAGCUCAGGUGGAGUGUGCUGACCAGCAAGACAGGGCCCAUUCAGGACCAUACAGGAGAUGGCAACUUCAUCUAUUCCCAAGCUGAUGAAAAUCAGAAAGGCAAAGUAGCCCGCCUGGUGAGCCCUGUGGUCUAUUCCCAGAGCUCUGCCCACUGCAUGACCUUCUGGUAUCACAUGUCCGGCUCUCAUGUGGGUACACUGAGGGUUAAACUGCGCUACCAGAAACCAGAAGAAUAUGAUCAACUGGUCUGGAUGGUGGUUGGGCACCAAGGAGACCACUGGAAAGAAGGACGUGUCUUGCUGCACAAAUCUCUGAAACUGUAUCAGGUUAUUUUUGAAGGUGAAAUCGGAAAAGGAAACCUCGGUGGAAUUGCUGUGGAUGAUAUCAGUAUUAACAACCAUAUUUCUCAGGAAGACUGUGCAAAACCAACAGACCUAGAUAAAAAGAACACAGAAAUUAAAAUUGAUGAAACAGGGAGUACUCCAGGAUAUGAAGGAGAAGGGGAAGGUGACAAGAACAUCUCCAGGAAGCCAGGCAAUGUGCUUAAGACCCUGGAUCCCAUCCUGAUCACCAUCAUAGCCAUGAGUGCUCUGGGAGUGCUCUUGGGUGCAGUCUGUGGAGUUGUGCUGUAUUGUGCCUGUUGGCACAAUGGGAUGUCAGAAAGGAACCUAUCUGCCCUGGAGAACUAUAACUUUGAACUUGUGGAUGGUGUAAAGUUGAAAAAAGAUAAACUGAACCCACAGAGCAAUUACUCAGAGGCGUGAAAGCACGGAGCUGGAGGGAACAAGGGAGGAGCGCAGCAGGAGAACAGUGGAGGUGCAGGGACUCUGUUACUCUGCUUUCACUGUAAGCUGGGAAGGGCGGGGACUCUGUUACUCCGCUUUUACUGUAAGCUCGGUCGGGCAUCCAUGAUGCCAUGUCAGGCUUUUCUCAGGAGCUUCAAUGAGCAUCACCUACAGACACAAGCAGGUGACUGCGGUAACAACAGGAAUCAUGUACAGCCUGCUUUCUUCUUGGUUUCGUUUGGGUAAUCAGAAGCCAGUUGAGACCAAGUGUGACUGACUUCAUGGUUCAUCCUACUUGCCCCCUUUUCCCCCUAUUUCUCCUUACCCUGUGGUGGAUUCUUCUCGGAAACUGCAAAAUCCAAGAUGCUGGCACUAGGCUUUGUUCAGUGGGCCCUUUUGAUGGACAUGUGACCUGUAGCCCAGUGCCUAGAGCAUAUUAGCAUAACCACAUUUCAGGGGACAUCAACGUCCACCUUUGCAUCGCUACCUGAAGCGAGCACAGAAAAAAAGAAAAAAGAAAAGGAAUUAGACUAUUUUGUUUGCAAAGUACUGUGGCCUCAGUACCCAUAUAGCGUGUCAGCUCUGUUUACCAAGCAAUACCGACAGAUUUUCUUGAUGUUUUCCAGUGUUGUACUGAAUCUCGUGUUUGUGACCUCCAUUCAGAAUACCAUACCCUGCAGCCACCAAACUGCUAGCACCUGGGUGUCCCGCUGAUGACCACCACAAAAGUCUUCGGCACUGGCUAGUCUUCGUCCUCUCAAGUGCCUUUUUGUUUGUACUGGUUCCUUGUGUCCCGUGGAUGACCCACUCUGUUUCUGGUGAAAACCCUUCUCUUCAAUCAGACCUGGUGGCCCACUGACUAAAAAGAAAGUAUAUUUUAGUGUGCUAUGCCAACCCCGGGAAGGCAAGGGCUCUGAAGACCUGGCAAUGUGGCUUAAUCAUUCUGCUUUUUUCUGAAGUUCAAUGUCAAUGUCUCUUGACCCUUUGUAUAAAGCUGCAAUGUUCUCUCUUGUUGUUCUUUCCUAUGGGAUGUAUUUUCAAAUACAAACUCUUGGUUCUUUCUUUCCUUCUUCUGUCCUUUUCCUCUGGAAAUCGAAGCAUUUGCCACUGUCCAGAAUGAAUCUUGCAGCUUUAACCUGCUGGCAAUGGCGAACAAUUUUACUAGACUUUAUGUUUUAAGAUAAUUAAAUAAGAGGAAUUCAUAACUUUGUCCUCCAGAGUCUAACUUUGGGUUUCUUGUUAACUGGUUAAAGUAACAGUAUCUUUUUUCCUUAAGCCAUGUGCUCAUACAUCCUGAUUAGAUUGAUGUUUGACAUGAAUGUUUGCAUCUAACGGAAAUCAUAAGUUGAAAGAGAAAAGAAUACCAACUGACUUUCAGAUGAGACCCACAGGAAACACUGAAUAAAAUCCCCAAGUCUAAAAGGACGUGAAAACUUUACAUCCAAAUAUGCAAAAUGAGCCCUGAAAACCUUCUUGUUUUGUUAUUGGGUCAGAGGAGGAUAAUGAAAAGAAUAGCUCAUUUAAGGAAUAAACAAUAAUCCUGAUGCCUGAGGCAAAACUAUUUUAAGAACAGUCAGAAGGGGUACAUAAAAUCAAAACAAAUGUUGAGAGCAAUCCAUUCAGCAGAAACCCUGAAAAAAUAAAUUUUAAUGAAUGCUUCUCGAAACUUCCAAUGGCUCAUAAAGAAAAAAGCCUACCUUAUGACUGGCAAGACGUUUGCCUCAACAGCACAAAGAGGUAAAUAUCUUAACCCAAAGCAGCCCCCAACUGGCAGAUUUCUGUCUUGAUGGGCUGCCUGUAAGAAACCCAGCUCUUUUCCUUCUUUGUGUGGCUGUAGGUCUCAUUCAUUUAUAUUUCUUAGAGAUCACAUUUGCUUCCUGGACAAAUGGUUUUUGUUCAUCCUGGUUUAAUGGAAUUGAGAAUGUCUUUUUUCCAGGAAAGUAUUGAUCACUAAAAUAAAGAAUACGUUUUUUAUUCCCAGAGGCAUCAAUUCACUUGUUAUAAUCAUACUGCGGGGCAGGGGAGCAUUAAGUAAGACUUUGUUUCUAAGAUGACAAACUUGACCAUUGUCCUCAGCCAAGGAAAAAUGAUACUGCAACUUUAAAUUUUAAAGUACCUUGCACUGAUAAAUAUAUUUAAAAGUUAUAUGUUUAUAAAGUUAUUAAUUUGUAAAGGCAGUGUUACAAAAUGUUCAGUUUAUAUUGUUUUAGAUUGUUUCGUAAUUUUUAAAGGUGUAAAAUAACAUAUUUUUUCUUUAUUGAAAUCUAUAAGACUUUCCGUAGUAAGAUGUCUCAUUUUCUGGUAUAUUAUUGCUUCAUGUUUUGUACCCUCAUAAAAUUUUGUGCAAAUUUUUUUUACAGAAAUUUUUAUUUUCUAUGAUGAUAUGUAUGACACUUGUAAAUUGUUUCAAAAUGAACAGCGAAGCCUUAACUUGAAAUGACAUUUGUAUUCUCUGAGUAGCAUAAAAACCACCUAGAAUGAACUGUAACUUAAGCUCGAAACUACACAUUCCAAAGAAGCAGUUGAAUUAAACGUUUUCAUAAAAAUCCCAAA